AUGGACCUUCUGUCCCUUCUCUUCGCGUUCGUUUACAAUGUUAUCUGCUCCAGCCAGCAAUCCCUUCGUGCCCGUUAUUUAAAAGGGCUAGAGACGUUGCCAGCUGUGUCUGUGGUGGUCAGCCUUGGGACAGUUAUUGGGUUACUGCUGCUGCUGCUCCUGCUCAUGGAGGCUUCUCCUUUGCCCUCGGUCGUGGUCAUUGCUUUCGAUGCUACAAAGGAUAGGAGUGUUAAAGAGCUUAAGGCUACCAUUGAUGGAGUCAGGAAGAAGGGUGGCAUUCUUUUUCCUGGUGAUAGACUGGUUUUUCUAGGAGUUCUGGACAAGGUGCCGCAUCCCAUGGGUUACCAAGUGAAAGCUUGCCCUGAUACAUUUGCUGGAGCAAGCAUUCGUGUAAUGGAAGAGGAAGUUAUCAAGAAAGUUGAUACCUACGUAAACAUGCUCGUGAGAAGUGCUGGAGUCUGUGAAGCCGAAAGGGUUUGUGUGGAAGUUACAAUUACUGCUGGAACUCCAGCAAAACAGGUUGUGCUUCAAGAAGUUGCAGCUUGCAGUGCAGCGUGGCUUGUAUUAGACAGGCAUUUAAGAAGGGAUUUGAGGUUUUACCUUACUCAAGUUGCUUCCAAAAUUGCCUUAAUUCACGAUAACUUGUCGGUGGAAGUUGAAAGAGAUCAUACAAAGAAUAUCUCAGAUGUUACAGAGCAUAAGUCUUUUUAUUCAAGUUCGAGAUAUGUUCCAGUCUUGAAUUAUCAAGGUCAUGGAAACAGGAGGCAGUUAGUAGUUUCAAGCAGCUCUUCCUCUGGGGAUUCAUUUAAUAAAGAAUCCAAGUGGGAAACGGACAGUAACAUCUCGUCUGAUCUUGGCUCUUCUGGCAGUCAUUAUGUAUCAGAAACUGAGCAUCGUGCUGAAAAUCAAAUCAUGCAAAGGCAAUUCAGUGAUAUCUUCAGACAGAAGUCCUUGGAAGAACCUAUUCUCUGCUCCAUUUGUGGCAUCCGGACUGAUCUGAAUGUCAAGGAUUCAAUGAGAUUCAACUUAUCCGAGAUUCAGCUUGCAACAGACAAUUUUUCAGAUGCCAAUGUCUUGGGAGAAGGUGGGUAUGGUCAUGUCUAUAAGGGUAAGCUGCAUAGUGGACAGUUCAUUGCAGCGAAGGUGCACAAAGAAGAAAGUCAGCAGGGGUUUUCAGAAUUUCAAUCUGAAAUUCAAGUCUUGAAUUUUGCCCGCCACAAGAAUAUAGUAAUGCUUUUGGGUUUCUGCUGCAAGGAAAACCUUAACAUACUUGUUUAUGAGUAUAUUUGCAACAAAUCAUUACAUUGGCAUUUAUUUGAUAAAACAGCAGAUACCUUACAAUGGAACCAAAGACAUGACAUUGCCAUGGGAAUUGGCAGAGGUCUGCGUUUUCUGCAUGAAGAAUGCAGAGGCAGCCCAAUCAUACAUCGAGACAUGCGGCCCAACAAUGUUUUGCUCACUCAUGAUUUUGUUCCUAUGGUUGGAGAUUUUGGUCUUGCAAGAUGGAAGACUGUUGAUCCUGUGCAGACAAGACUACUCGGCACAUUAGGUUAUCUUGCCCCCGAGUACGUGGAAAGUGGUAUAAUUUCUGUUAGGACAGAUGUGUAUGCAUUUGGUGUUAUCUUGUUGCAACUAAUAUCAGGACGCAGAGUAAUUGAUGCCAGGCAGCAAGAAGGACAACAAUCUAUUAGAGAAUGGGCAGAACCAUUGAUUGAGAAGCUCGCUUUGCACAAGCUUAUAGAUCCUCGUCUAGGAGAGUCAUACGAUACAUAUGAGUUAUACCAAAUGGCUAAAGCAGCUUAUCUCUGUGUGCGAAGGAACCCUGAAAUGCGACCUUCGGCUGGACAGGUUCUGAGCCUGCUUCAAGGAGAACAUGACCGCAUGCAGCAUUUGAGAGACACUAUCAUCCCUGAUUAUAUUAGUGGAUGA